AUGGCAGAAGCCAAAGCUGAGAUCCAGGAAGUUGCAAGCAAUCUCUUGUCUGCCAUGAGCUUCAGGUUUAUAAAUGAAAUUAUCCAACUGAUGAUGGAGAAUUUCAAACAGGGCUACCUUCCUCACAUGUACAAGGUGAAGACACUGACCAAAAUAUCGACAGAAAAUGUGUAUGGGAUAGUGCCCUUUCUCAAAGCUAUCUUAACUACCAUGAUUCCAGUUCUUAUUAAAAUUAGAGAGGAUGAUCUGAAGUCUGUGUUUGCCUCAGCAAUGGGUAGUUUCAGCAAGAGCAUCCUAAUCUACCUAGGAAAUAGUGAAAAAGGUACAGACCCUAUGAUCACAAAAAAGACUUUCUCUACCGAAAUCAGCAUCAUCUACAGUUUGUUGUUCAAUGUGUGGCUUGAGAAGGAGCCCUCCAGGUUCAACAUCCCCACAGUCGAAGCUCUUGGCUAUGUCAGCAAUCUACUCCCCAAGGACAAAAUACAGGAAGAGCUACCCAAGUUAAUUCUAGGCAUCUUGUCUCUCUAUGAGAAACAAGUGGGGCAUUUUUCCAUCACAGUGUGCCUUUGUCAGCUAUUGGAAAUAGCAACAAAAAUGAGGCAUCCCAGGCUGAAACCACUGAUGGACAAUCUACUCAACAGUCUUCACCACCAGAUCUGUCUAUCAGGGUAUCUUAAUAACCAACUUGUCACAAAGAGCUACACUGCGGCCCUUGACUGUUUCACAAUUCUAGCAUCAAUUUAUACUGAUUCAGUGAUUAACUUUCUCUUUGGGAAAUUAGAAAACAUUGAUCAGCAAGUAAGAGCAGGAACACUUAACGUGUUGAGACACCUCAUCUGCUCCCUUUCCUCAGAGCUGGAGGGACAGAAGACAAGGAUCGUGGAUGCAAUUAAGCCAAUCCUUCUGGAGAGCACCACCAAUAUGGAGAAGAAGCAGGUUGUUCAAGUAAUAUCUGUCAUGGCCCAACAAGGAUACCUUGAGCCUGAGGGAGGUGAGAUAAUGGUGGAAUUCCUUGUCAGGCAGUGCACUACACCCAUUGAUUCAAGGACCCCAAUAGCCAGCCAUCAUACAGAUCAGGCUACAGAUGAAGAUUUAGUUUCAAUAUGUGAAACAGUGAUGUAUAUUAUCACAGAUAUUGUGAAAAUGGAACCUGUUCUCUGGCCAUUCUUAUUGGGAUAUGUCACCAAAACUCAGUAUAGCAACUCUUUAACAACAAUCUGCAAUUGUAUAACACAAAUUGCAAAAAGGAAACUACAAACAAGCAGUGAUAGGUUUGUACUAACUUAUGAAGACAAUGGCAAUCUCUCGAAAGCACAGGCACUUUUGGCCCGACUCCUCCUUGCGUCUUGUUGCCCGUAUCAAGGAGGAGGCCGAGGAGCUGCUGCACUACGGCUGCUGCAAGUCCUGAGUUUCAGUAUCCACCCAGCGAUAAUGCCAGAGUGGGAGGAGCAACUUCCAUCAUUAGCUGACUACUUACUGGAGCAUUCAGAGGGAUCUCUACCACAGCAGGAAUGGGAAGAGAAACUGUUGCUAUUUUUGUCUCGAACCCUGAAUACCAUUGACGAUGAGGGAUGGACGAGCAAGCUGAGUGAUGAAAUGUGCAAACAGAUUGACACUGAGCCCUGUUGCCCACAAGAGAAGGCUUUCCUCUAUAAAUCUCUUGGGACGGUACUUCAUCAGGUGCCCAGUAAGAACAUAAAGGAGGAGCUUUGCCUAAUGCUACAGAGUGUGCAGCACAGUGAGUGUAUCGAAAGAGAGGGUGUGGCAAUCGCCAUUGGACUUUGUGCUAUGACCCACUUUGAUGAUACCCUUGCUAGCCUGGAGGAGUUUGCACAAUCCAGUAGAUUGAAGAAUGUGAGUAAUUUCUUCAAUAUUCUUCGAGAUAAGCCUGAUGUGAAUGGGGAUAAAGUCAAGAGCACAUUAGCUCUCUGCUAUGGGAACAUAGCACUCUACGCACCUCAGGAACUAGCUGUCUCCAGAAUCGAGACCCACAUUCUGCCAGCUGUGAUAAGCCACUUCAAUUCUUGUAGACAAGGUGUACAGCUUGAAUCCAGAGAUCUCACAUUGAAGCUCAGCCUGAUAAAAGCUGUGACUCUGAUAGCUAGAUCCCUACUUUCACAUCACCAAAUAACUCCCUUCAACUUCAGCAGGAAAGGGGAGCUCCUGAGACACAUGCAGCAGCUCAUUGAGGCUGAGCCACCAGACCUGCUACACACCCCUAUUAGACAACUAGCAAUGAAGGCCUGCGCAUACCUUGUACAACUACACACUGAAUCAAACCAAGCUGACACCUCACAGCUAAUUCAAACCUGCUUGAUGAGCACAUUCAACUUGGUGCCUCCUGAGUUAAAGGGUAGUGAUAUGGAUGAUAGCACCAAGGAGAUUUCAAUACUUUUUAACCAAACCAUGACUGCUCUGCAAGAACUUCUAAAACAAAUUUUACUUCAGGACCUGACCUCUGAGGGUCUUCAGAUGAUAUUCAUACAUCUGGAAGAGUGGAUCAUAUCAAGGGAGAACUAUAAGAGAGAGAGAGCAAUGAGCACUGCAUUAGAACUGCUGAAAUAUUACUUGCAAGCCUUCUAUGUUAACAAGAGCACACCACUAAAAAACCUGGGGUCUCUGAUUGGAGAAUUGAUGCCACGCUGUGCGGAUCCAUCACUAGCCGUGGGGCAGAUGGCCACAGACAGCUUGCACAUCAUCCUGACCAUUCAGCUAUUAUAUGAGAGCAGCAACCUAGAUGAACAUCACGAGGAUCUUGAGCUUCUGAAAGCAGUCAAAAAACAAUUAGUAAAUCGCAACAAUUCCAUUUUGUUCCAAGCGUGUUGUCAGAUCACAGAGGUCAUCUCCAAGUGUUUGCCCCAUGACCAGUUGGGCAAUUUGCUCUUUACACUCUUUAAAAGAUUGACUGACCAACACCUUAGUUGUUCCAGUGCAGCAGUCAUCCUUAUGAAAACCAUUAUGCAAAGACGUGGCAGUGAACUUUGGGACCAGAUCUCAGAAAUCAUUGACUUCCUGAGGGCUUCACUACAGUGUGUUCUUUAUGAGGCAGUGAAACUUUCAAUUCUACACAGCAUUGCCAUUCUUGCCUCACAUAACCCAGCAAAAGUUGUGUCCUGUCUCCUCACCUACCUCACUCAAAUUACUUCAGACAAGUACAUCAGAGAUAUUUGGAGCUCACUUGCCAAGGAGAGACAAUGUGCCAUACUGACGAUGACAGAACUAUUGGAUACACUACACAAACAGCUGUGCUCUGGAGAAAAGAAGGCCUGUUCUACAAGAGAGAGCCCGACUCAACCAUCUGUCCUUGAGUCUCUAGCACCCGUGUGUGCAUUGUAUGAGAUGAUAACUACACCAGAGUCUAAAGAAACUGUAAUCAAGUUAUUCCCCCAAUUAUUCAGCACCCUGCUUAUCUACCACUGCUCCUUCGUCAAUGUGCGCUUGCCCAAGAUUUUUGUUCCCCAUCACAAUUCGAAGCAGAGAGAAUUCACUGCUGAGCCUCAGACACCCAGCAGCCAAGAUGUGUGUGUGAACUGUGUGAAGAUGCUUAUAAAGCUGCUGGAUCAGUCAAACCACAAACAAGUGAUCCAUUUCAUGGAGGAAGUCAGAGGCUGGGACCAGAUGAUGGACCUACGCAAGUUCCAUAGAGGAGUUAUGUUGCUGGCCAAAGCAAUGAUCCAAUAUGCUAUUCCUAGCCUAUCCGUGAUUGUAGCACAGCUCUCAGUGUUCAUCCUCACAGUUCAAGACUGUCAAAAAGUCACUGUGGCUGCCUUCUUUGGAGAACUUUUAAAGUCCCCACUAGCUUUACAACUGCAGUUCACAGACAUCCUAAUGAACAGGUUACUUCGAUGUUCACUUCACACUUCUUCAGUUGUGCAAUUUCUCUGUGUCCGAGGAUUGGGCAACAUUACAUCUGGAGGUCCCAAUGACAUUGAGAAAUAUUCUCGCCCAGUGCUGUGUGCAAUGACCACACUGAUGAUAAGUGGGGAAAAUGAUAAUGAAGUCCUAAUGUUUGAGGUGCUGUUGUGCCUGUCAAAGUACUUAGAGCAGUUGAGAGCAAGUACCAUCAGACCCUUCAUACUGAAAAUCUUCACUGGGAUCCAACCAUUCUUUGAAGCUAAAUGUGAUAAGGUGCGAGCUGAAGCAUUUUAUGUGUUGGGGAAAUUGGCCAAGUGUGCAACUUUUGAGAUGUAUUUAGUCAAUCACUCAAGAGAGUAG